CGUUGUGUGCACCCGAAAAAUCCACCCAGGCAAAAAAAUCGCCAACUGAAUAUUUCCACCCCGCCCCGGACUUUCCUUUUGGGUCGUCAAGUCUGUAUCAUCCGUUGACGAGCACACAACCCGUCAGGAUCUCAAGUGUUCUUCCGAUUCGACAGGAAAGGCUGUGCAGGGAUAAAAAAACAAAAAAUCAUUCUCUGCCAUCACCACAUCACGACAAGAGUCGAUCGUGAGAAUUUGCGGGGCAUCCAUUUCUUUUCGAGCAAUUACCGAUUAUUCCGAACCCUCUUCGGCCUCCUGCGAAAGCGAGUCGCUGGAGCAGCCGACACAAUCCCUAGCCCAUAACCAUGGCGCCGUCCUUCGACCACCUCCGCGAGGCGGACCUCGACGAUGACGACUACGAUGAGGAGGAGAUUGAUAUUUCCGACUUGCGCGAGAAGUACGAGGUCCAGCUGGAGCAGGGCUACGAUGCCUUUGUCGUCAUCGAUGGUCUUCCCGAGGUCAACGAGGAGCAGAAGCCGAAGCUGGUCAAGUUCCUCCUGAAGAAGCUAAACCAGGUUGGUAAGACGAGGGAAGACCUCAUCUUUAUGCCCAUGGGUGAAGAUGGCAAGUCUCUAAGAUUUGCCUUUGUCGAAUACUCCUCUCCUGCAGAGGCCGCCAAUGCCGUGAGGCAACUCGACCAAGUCCCCCUCGACAAGAAGCACACCCUACGCGUCAACAAGCUCACCGACAUUGACCGCUACGGCCGUGAGGGCCGCGUCAACGAGGAGUACUCGCCGCCUCAUAUCGACGAGUUUCAGCCGAACGAGCAUCUGCGUUGGUGGCUAAAAGAUCCCAGCGGCCGGGGCAGGGACCAGUUCAUCAUGUACCGCGGCGACUCCGUCGGCGUCUUCUGGAACAAUGAGAAGGAACAACCCGAGAUCGUCGUCGACCGCAUGCACUGGACCGAGAGCUUCGUCCAGUGGUCGCCCCUCGGCACCUACCUGACCUCCGUACACGCCCAGGGCGUCCAGCUCUGGGGAGGCCCCUCGUGGUCGCGUCAGCGCCGCUUCGCCCAUCCCUUCGUCAACCUCAUCUCCUUCUCCCCCAACGAGAAGUAUCUUGUCACCUGGUCCGCCCGCCCCAUCGCCAUCCCCGAGGAGGGCCACCCGGCCCUGACCAUCGACGACGACGGCAAGAACUACGUCGUCUGGGACAUUGAGACCUCCAAGCCGCUGCGCUCCUUCGCCAGCCUCGACACCCCGGGCGCCGCCGGCGCCGGCGCCGGCGCCGACGCCACCCCCCAGAAGCCCCGCAAGUCCCCCUGGCCCGCCUUCAAGUGGUCCGCCGACGACAAGUACGUCGCCCGCCUCAACCAGGGCUCGUCCCUCUCCAUCUACGAGCUGCCCCGCAUGAACCUGCUCGACAAGACCUCCAUCAAGAUCGACGGCGUCAUGGACUUCGACUGGGCCCCCGUCACCGUCCAGCGUGACGGUGUCAAGUCCUACGAGCAGCUCUUCUGCUUUUGGACCCCCGAGAUCGGCAGCAACCCCGCCCGGGUCGGCCUCAUGACCAUCCCCUCCAAGGAGGUCGUGCGGACCCUGAACCUCUUUAACGUCAGCGACGUCAAGCUGCACUGGCAGUCCGAGGGCGCCUUCCUCUGCGCCAAGGUCGACCGCCACUCCAAGUCCAAGAAGUCCAUGGCCACCACCCUGGAGAUCUUCCGCGUCAAGGAGAAGGGCGUUCCCGUCGAGGUCCUCGACACCAUUAAGGACACCGUCAUCAACUUCGCCUGGGAGCCCAAGGGUGACCGCUUCGUCAUCAUCACCACCACCGAACCCGUCGGUCCCACCGCCGUCGCCCCCAAGACCUCCGUCGCCUUCUACUGCCCGGAGAAGAGCAAGGGCCCCGCCCCGGGCAACUGGAAACACCUCCGCACCCUCGACAAGAGGAACAGCAACUCCAUCUACUGGUCGCCGCGUGGCCGUUUUGUCGUGAUUGCCACCGUCCACAACCAGCAGAGCUCGGACCUCGACUUCUUCGACCUCGACUUUGAGGGCGAGAAGCCCGAGUCUGACAAGGACCUGACCGCUAACCUCCAGCUUAUGAACACCGGAGACCACUACGGCGUUACCGAUGUCGAGUGGGAUCCCUCUGGUCGUUUUGUUGCCACCUACUCCUCCGCCUGGAAACAUGCCAUGGAAAACGGCUACCACAUCUACGACUUCAAAGGCGAGGCCCUGCGCGAAGAACCCAUGGAAAAAUUCAAGCAGUUCCUCUGGAGGCCGCGCCCCCCCACCCUCCUCACCAAGGAGGAGCAGAAGCAGAUCCGCAAGAACCUCCGCGAGUACAGCAAGGUCUUCGAGCUGGAGGACGCCGAGCGCGGCGCCUCCGCCGACCGCGAGGUCGUCGAGGCCCGCCGCCGCCAGCUCGACGAGUGGUGCGCCUGGCGCGCCGCCAUCGAGGAGGAGCUGCUGGAGGAGCGCGCCUUCCUCGGCCUCCCCGAGGACCCGCUCGCCGUGCUCUUGGCGACUAAGACCCCCGAGGUGCCCGACGAUGCGGAGGAGCAGAUUAUCGAGGAGAUUGUCGAGGAGGUGAUCGAGGAGUCGGAGGAGAUUGUGCCCUGAAGGACCCGAUAGAAGGGAGGAACGGGGGACAAGGUAGAGAGAGAGAGAGAGAGAGAGAGAGAGGAUGACAGGG